AUGGCAGGAUUAUCAUUUGAGAAUUAUCAGAGGAACGACUACUUGGCCUCUCAAGGGCACGCUGUUCCUAAGGCGACUUCAACGGGUACAACUAUUGUAGGUGUGAAAUACGAUAAGGGAGUGGUCAUUGCAGCUGAUACCAGAUCAACACAGGGACCUAUAGUUGCUGACAAGAACUGUGCUAAGCUGCAUAGGAUGGCUCCACGUAUAUGGUGUGCUGGUGCCGGUACUGCAGCUGACACUGAGGCAGUUACACAGUUAAUUGGAUCAAAUUUGGAAUUACACAGUCAGUAUGCUAAUAGGGAACCCCGUGUGGUAUCAGCAUUACAGAUGUUGAAGCAACACCUGUUUAGAUAUCAAGGUCAUAUUGGUGCAUAUUUGAUUGUAGCAGGUGUGGAUCCUACUGGUGCCCAUCUUUUCUCCGUCCAAGCUCAUGGUUCCACUGAUGUCGGCCAUUACUUGUCGUUGGGUUCAGGUUCAUUAGCUGCUAUGGCCACUCUAGAAUCUAACUGGAAACAAAAUUUGACUAAGGAUGAAGCGGUAAAAUUAGCAUCAGAUGCUAUUCAAGCAGGUAUAUGGAAUGAUUUGGGUUCAGGUUCUAAUGUCGACGUGUGUGUUAUGGAAGUUGGUAAAGAUGCAGAAUACUUGAGAAACUACAUUACUCCAAACGUUAGAGAACCAAAACAACAAAGUUAUAAAUUUGCAAGAGGUACUACAGCUGUGCUUAGGGAAAGUAUCAUUAGCGUCUGUGACGUACAGGAGGAGCCCGUUGACGUUACAGCAUGA